CUCGCCACGUGACGAGAGAUCUGUGCCUCCCAUCAUUUUGCCACGUCAGCCAACUCAUUGGGUGAAGGCACAUGCCACACGACAGAGGUGUACCUAGGUCAUGAAUCUCUCGACUGCGCAAACACGUUGAUGGCAGAACCUGGCGUCGCCGGUUUCACUUGAAACUGCCGUGGCUGUCGCCGACAUGCUUGUCCGUAGCGACAUCCACGACCCUGGCGGAUUGAAAAUGGAUGAAGUCAAGACAUGCGAAUACACAUAUGCUCGCGGUGACGACGGCAUGAUUGAAGCAAUGCUGCUCCUUCCUCCGCCAACCCCAUCCUCCGUCAUCAUGACAUCCUCUAUGGGCAUCCUUGAACCAUAUGUGUUUGAAGGCGAGCAUUUCUGGGACACGACCGCUCUCGACGACGACAUCUUCCACGACGAACAGUCGACAGAAGCAGCAUCGCCUGUCAUCGAGUACUGGGGCUUGGCGUACGAGGACACCGACGUCUACUACUUUGAUUUUGACACUGGUCGAGCCGAGUGGACCCCUCCGCCGUCCAUCCUGUAUCACAACGAAGUGCUGCUGUGGGACCCGUCCGACCAGUGGUUUUACCUCUACGAUCCCAAAACUAAUACCAGUCGGUGGUGGGUCGACCAGAUCCCCGCACCUGCUGCCACCCACACAGACGACACGAUCAGCCAAGCAACCACCGAAGACUUGGACCGAUGCUCGUCCACCUCCAUCAAUCUUGCACCGUCGUCUGUCCACUCCGUUGCCACCUCCGACGACGAGCCACCCGCCUAGUCCUUCAUCUAUUAUUCCAGCAACGUCCUUCAUCUAUUAUUCCAGCGACGUCCUUCAUCUAUUCCAUCAACCCCCAUCAUCUAU